AUGGCAUUACAAAUGAUCUUAGAUAUUAAUAAUGAGACUAGGCAUUUACAUAAUCGAAUUGCACUAUUAGUAGCUGAUUGGCCUGGGCAGUUGUUUAUUCGAAAAGCAUUAACACAUUUACAAAAAUCAGAUUCACAAUAUUCUAUACCAGCUGAAAUCAAUUCAUUUAUUCCAAUUUUGGACAAUAGAAAUCACUGUGAACUUAAAGAUACCUUUGAAAAAAUAAAAACACAUUCUUAUACACCACUAUUAUUAAACCUAUUGACAGAAAAAACAUCAUUAUUUUUAAUAGAUUAUUUUUAUGAUAUUUUUAAAAAUCGAGGAAAAGAAGAAACAGUUGAUUCAAAAUGCCUUCCAACAGGAUAUAAUGCUAAUAUACCUUCAUCACCAAAUGAAUGUGGUUAUUGUUGA